GCGGGCGCGGCUCGGAGAGGAGCGGUCCGCCAGGCGGCCGGCGAGGGACGGGCCGCGAGGACGCCGGGCAAGGACGGAGGGCUGGACUUGGUCCCCCGGGCCCGGGAGCGGGCGCCUGCGACGCCCUCUGACCCCGGCCGGGUUCGCCGGGUUCGGACUUCCACACUGAUUAAUCAAGAGUGAAAAAUCUGAAGAGAUGCAAGCAGGAAAAAGAAAUUAAACUAGGCCUGAGGAACGAUGCGACAGGCAUGAUGGAGGUCGAGCCCUCCUACUCGGACUUCAUCUCCUGCGACCGAGCGGGCCGUCGGAAUGCAGUCCCUGACAUCCAGGGUGACUCAGAGGCUGUGAGCGUGCGGAAGCUAGCUGGAGACAUGGGCGAGCUGGCACUUGAGGGGGCAGAAGGACAGGCAGAGGGAAGUACCCCAGACAAGGAGGCCAGCAGCCAGCCCCAGAGCAGUGAUGCGAACGCCUCGUCUUGAAGAGAGACCUGCUGUCCCCUCCUGGAACUGGAGCCCGGGCACAACCCAGCAGCCUCUUCUCUGAGCCCAUAUCCCAGGCCAGCCAGGCCAGCUGAGAGCCUUGGGGAGGCCUCUGUGGCCCGUACUCCAGCAAAGUUGUCUGCCCACACCCACAGGCUUCACUCUCCCUCCACCUCCCCAUGGUACCCAGGUACACCAUCACCACGGGAUGUUAUUUAUUCAGCCAGGUGGGGGCGGGGCUCGAGCCAGGCCCUGCCCCAGGUGAGCAGCCCCCACCCGGACAGGGUGUGUCUCCACACCACUCAUCCCUCCAGCCAGCCGCCUGUGUUGGAAAGACCGUCCUAGCCCUUUUUUAAAGCCUCUUUUACAUUUUUUAAAAACAUAACUUUUUUCAGCAGAGAAGGGGGAACUGACAAUCACUUUUUUCUGUUUUGGUUUUGGUUUGAAAGCCGUUUUAAGCUUAGUUCUGAUGAUCUAUGCAGCUCUGUUCCCCCAUGGAGCCUCAUAGAUCCAGUUGUAGGGAAAAGAUUUGGACUCAAAACUAACAGACCAAUUCUUUGCCCUUUGUAACAAGAGAGUGAUACUUAGGUCCCAGGAAAUAAAUGCUGAUGAUUUGUG